ACACCUGCAUUCGGAGUGUUCUCUGAGCAAAGUCGUUCUCAAGUCACUUUAAUUGAGACCAGCACCAUUGAGAUGAUCACCAUUGGGAGGAAAUUAAGGUGGUCGCCGGACGGACCGUUCAGAUCGGGAUUACACUACCACGUGGAAGCCGUAUGGUGUCACAACAUACCAAGCGAAUAGAGUCAAAUUUCACAUAGUCAAUUCCACGAGACGCUCAAAGGACUCCUGGUCCUGGCGUCCAGCGACCUGGCUCGGAGUGGAUAGUCCCACCAGCCGGAGGACCCCGGGAUCUCACACGCAAAACAUGAAUGAAGGGACAGAUAACCGAAGAGGAACAAGGCCAGCUCUCUCUGAUGGGCUUGCGGGAAUUAUGUAAUGGCAGUCAUUAGUGCAUGGCUCUUUCAUCCGGAGAAGAACCCAGUGGGCAGUGUGUGGUGGUUCCCGCAUUCACAUGCUUCGCACAAUGGCCGAUCCACAACUACGUCAUGCUUUGAACAUGGCUGUUUCAAGCCCCCAUCAUCAUCAUCGUCUUCCCUUCCGAGUCCGAGUCCCAUUGAAAAGGUUCCUGCUUCCCCAGUCGACUUCUCGUCCCAGAUUAAUUGCAGUCAAGAAACUUAUUCGCGUCUUACCUCACCAGCUGCUUUUGAGUGGCACCCAACCCUCCCUCUCUCCCAUUGCCUACGAACAACUGCCUACCAUGGCGGAAAAAAAUCAAUCAGGACUUUCCAUAUCGGCGUUUCUAAAGCACCCAUUCCUACAGACAUGGACUGUCUUCUACAUGCUUUUUCAGCACUUGAUCACUUGGAUCUUUGCCCCCAAUCCUCCCAAGCCGACGGCUGACACAGAUGGCCUCCCGAAGAAGAGAAUUGCCGUGAUUGGCGCAGGUCUAACCGGAGUUUCAGCGGCAGCACACUGCGUCGGUCAUGGGUUCGAUGUCGAGAUCUUCGAAGCCAGAUCCAAGGACAAGGGCCUCGGAGGUAUCUGGAGUCGUGUCAACUCGACAUCCUCUCUGCAAAUCCACAGCCUGAUGUAUCGGUUCCACCCGUCAGUGAAGUACGACGCCGCCUACCCCACACAAGCAGAGAUCAAAGAACAGAUCGCAAGCCUAUGGAAGCGCUACGACCUGCAGAAGCACACAACCUUCAACACCCCGAUCACCUCGGUCAAGCAGACCAAGAACGGCAGAUGGAUCAUCAACAACGACGAGUCCAAGUAUGGUCGCUUCGACGGAAUCAUUGCCUCCGUCGGCGUGUGCGGGGACCCGAAGAUGCCCCCGCUCCCGGACCAAGAGAAGUUCAAGGGCCAGAUCUACCACUCCUCCGAGCUGGACGGCAAGUCCGUGGAAGGCAAGAAGGUGCUCAUCAUCGGCGGCGGCGCCAGUGCCAUCGAAGCGCUGGAGUUCGCCGUCAAGAACCACGCCGCCGAGAUCGACGUCCUCUCCCGCUCCGACAAAUGGGUCAUCCCGCGCAAUGUGUUCGUGCAGUCGCUGCUGGCGAUGAACAUCCUCGGCCAAGAGACCUCCCUCUCGUGGAUCCCCGAAUCGCUCCUCCGCAAGUUCUUCUACCGCGACCUGUCCGACAUCGCCCCCUCGGGCGGGCUGUUCACCGGCACCCCGAUGGCCAACUCGGAGCUCUUCGAGCAGAUCCGCCAGGGCAAGGCGCGCUGGCUGCGCGGCGACAUCGUCUCGACCGAGGCGGACGGGAUCCGGUUCAACUUCCGCAGCCGCGGCGUGCCCAAGGGCGGGCCAGGCCACGAGGCCCUCGUGCCGGGCGACGUGGUGAUCAUGGCGACGGGCUUCAAGCGGCCCUCGCUCUCGUUCCUGCCGGACGACGCCUUCGAGGAGCCCUACUCGCCGCCCAGCUGGUACCUCCAGACCUUCCCGCCCAAGUACCCCAGCAUCUGCGCCAACAACAGCACCUACGUCAACGCGAUCGGCACCGUCGGCAACAUGCACAUCGGCAUCUACACGCGCUUCCUGCUCAUGUUCCUGACGGACCCGCUGUCGCGGCCGAGCGAGGGCCGCAUGAAGACCUGGAUCGACUUCACCCGGCUGAUGAAGAAGAUGUCGCCCGUCGGGGCGUUCGACUUCUUCACCUACACCGAGCUGAUCUACUGGUUCGUGUUCUGCAUCGUGGUGAACCCGUUCCGGUGGAAGUGGGCGCCGUUCGUCCUGUUUGGCAUUGGAUACAUGCUUCCGUUGGAGGUGGUGAAGCAGGAGGAGGCGUUCAGAAAGGAGCUCAAGCGACAGCACUAAAUGUGGUUGUUGGAUGUGAAAAGACAUUCUGAUAAAGUUGGACAUUGACAGAUAUGAUUGGAAGAUAGCUAGCACCGGUCUCGACACAUUGAACAUCUAAUGACCUGAUGAUAUUUUACUAUACUUGUUACAAAUGAAUUCCUUGAUAUAUACAUA